AUUAUUGUGCCAUGGUGAACUGUCAAUGAAUUUAUUCUAAGAUUUUUUUUAUUUCUUGUCAAUUCUUUUGUGCAAAAACAACGGAGAAAUGUAUAGCUAUUCUUGUGAACAAAAUGCAAAACAAUUAACAAAUUUUUCCAAUAUAAUCAAUGCGUAUGAAACGAAUUAAAUGAGAAAAUUGUGACAUAUUGUGCAAAGGGAAAAUAAAUACGUGUAACAAAUGAGUAUGAUGUAAAAACGUGCAAAUGUUAAAUGAUUUUAAAGGAGAAACAAAAAACGAAAUGAUGAAAAGAUAACUUAGCUGUGUGGGCUAUUUCGGUGAAUAACAAAAAGUCCCAAAUGAAUAUAAGAAGAAAGUGAAGUCAUAAAGUUCAAAAGACGACGACAACAAAAAUCAAACAAAAAAAGAUUAGCGGUCAAAAGUCUAUUUUUUCUCGUCGCUUCACAACUUAUUGGAAGUGUUUAUGGGCUGAAGGCAGAGCAAUUUCUUACUGAAUUGAUAGUAAAUUAUAAUUUCAUUGCAGUGCAUUUUAUUAUCGGCUAAUGCGCGCGCCUCUGCCGCAGUUGUUGUUCCUAUUUUUUUUUUGUUAUGUGAUAAUGACCAGAGCAUCGCAACGCAUCUAAUUAAUUUUGCAUUGUUUUCUGGUAUUUUUGUUCCAUUUGCAAAAAGUUCUUGGUUGUUUAAAGUGUAUUGAAGUGCGUGCGACGUGCGUAUAUAAGGCGUAAGGCGUCAGUAAAGCUAGAAAUGAAAUUCGAAGUUUCUUCCAAUUAGAAAUAUAACACCAAAUAUCAAGGGUUGUAAACAAAUGUGAAAAGUAAAAAAAAAAAACAAAAACAUUACAAGUGUCAAAAUACAUAUGAUCACCCACUUUGCCACCCAACACCCACAACAACAAAUGCAUAUAUUGCAUUUUACGCUCUCUGCUUAUAUCGAUUGUGAGAGAUUAGAUUGAGGCCGUGUGAGAGCGAGAUACGGAGGAGAAUAUUACAAAACAAAAAUACUGCUAACCAAUCCACCCACAUUUGCAAAUCAAAACAAAACAAACCCACGAGACAAGACGCAAAUUUUGACAACCAAGUUUCCUUAGAAGUGCUAAAUAAAUAAUAAUAAAAAAAAUAACAAAUACAAAGGAAAAGAUUCAUCAAAAUUUCUACGAAGUAACAAAAAUAAAAGAUCAACAAGUGCUAAAAAACUACCGUCUCUAUGUGUUCAACGACGUAUUUAUUACAAACAUUUAACUACAAAAUACAUGUUGUUUUGUUGUUGUUGCUGCUGUUGAUAUCCGCAACAACGGCCAAUACCUAAAAUACGAAUUAAAACAUUUCUUUUCGAAAAAAGUGGAAAAAAGUAACGAAUACAUUGUGGUGUGGCAUUCAUUUCUUGAAUAUCAAAGUGGUUGGUUUGCGCUGUUGUUGCUGUGACCACCGCCUACAGCCGCAGUUAGCAGUUGAUUGUGUGUGCUUUUAGCCAUUGCAUUCGCCGCGUUUGUUAUAUCCGUUCUACGCGUUCUUUUUUAAUUAUUGUCGCCAUGUCUAUAUCUGAACAUGCAACCGGCAAUUCUUCGAUUAAAAGUGCAGCCCCUAAAUCGUCGACAACCGGCGAUUCAAAUGCUGCUGCUGCCUAUUCAUCUACGUCAUCAUCAUCAUCUGCCUCUGCUGCAACAAACAAUACCUCGCCGUCGUCCUCAUCAUCAGCAACUGCCACACAAAAGUCAAAGAAAACCGCAGCCUCUGGCCUACCCGGUGCGGUAUCCAAUAUCUAUUACAAACAUGGUCUCUUUUUGUCAAGCUAUCCCACAUGUGCCACCAGUAUAGCCAUUGUGGCAAUAUUAUUUUCAUGUUAUCCCCUUAUCAACAUACCCCUGCCCGGAACAAUACCCACAAAAAUCGUCCUGCCAUUCGAGGGCAAAUAUUCGUUGUUUGGCGAGGGUGAACAACGAUCGAACUAUUCGCUCGUCAAGAACAUAUUCAAUGUGAAUAAUGUUUCGUAUGAACCGCAUGUACCGUGGGCCCAGAAUUCACCCUAUUUCUAUGUGCAACAGAUCACCUUGCGAUCGAGUGUGUUACCCUGGACCGAGGAUAUGCAGCUGAUGGAUGCAUUUCGUGCGCCACUCUAUGAAGUGUUUCGUUUAUUGGAAAUUGUGCGAAAUCACGAAACGGCCGACAAUCAACGCACUUUGGAUAAGAUCUGUUUACGUGUGGAUAAUGUGAAACGACCGCAGAACGAGCAAAUCUUUCCGGAAUAUGAUUGCCUAGUAUUGUCACCGGCCAAUCUCUGGGGCCAAAGUAUACAGAAUUUUACCGGUGAUGCAAAUAUAUUGAAUACCGUGUUUCAAUAUCAUAAUAUACAAAAAACCAAGGUGUCAACAUCGGAAAUGCUCUUCGGCCUACCCAUGCAGGACACGGGCUUCAAACGUUAUCCCCUCAGGGCACGAUCUCGCAUCAUCCAGUAUGCCAUCACAUUGAUUCUCAAACAAAAUGAUCGGGAAUAUAUACAAUCGCUAAAGGAGAAGCUUCUAAAAUAUUAUCCACCACCACAAAUCCAGCAAGGAGGUACGUCGGCGACACCCAACCAGCCACAUCAUCAGCUCUCCGAGAAAUCGUCCAUAACCUAUAUUUUUUAUCCGGGAGAAUUUAAAAUGUGGGAAUUCCUGCCGCUCUCUAUUGCCUUUGUACUGCUCUUUACCUAUGUGUAUUUUUCUGUGAGAAAAAUCGAUGUAAUACGCUCACGAUUUUUGUUGGCUGUCUGUGCUGCCAUCACGAUUUUGGGUAGUUUGGUUAUGUCACUGGGUCUGUGCUUCUUUUUUGGUUUAACGAUCAGCCUGCAAUCGAAGGAUAUCUUUCCGUAUUUGGUCAUACUUUUGGGUUUGGAAAAUUGCCUGGUCAUUACGAAAUGUGUAGUUUCCACCGACGAAACCUUCGACGUCAAGAUAAGAGUUGCCCAGGCCCUGAGUAAGGAAGGCUGGCACAUCUCCAAAACUUUGCUAACCGAAAUCACCAUACUCACCAUCGGUUUGGCCACAUUUGUACCGGUCAUUCAAGAGUUUUGUGUCUUUGCCAUUGUCGGCCUCUUAUCCGAUUAUAUGUUACAAAUGCUGCUAUUUUCCACGAUAUUGGCCAUGAACAUUAAACGGCCCGAAUACUCGACCGAAGCCAAACAUUUACCCAAAAUGAUGCUUUCGUUUACGGGUGGCAACAACUCACACUCACCCACUGCGAUGGCGGGUGGCUAUGGCGGUCCCUUUGCCAGCAAUGGACGUCCUGAUUUUCGAUUUUUUGGCAAUUCCACAACGGCAAAUGGUUUUUCACAACAACAACAACAACAUCAGUUACCCUUUGGUGCUGGCAAUUUUCAUCGUUCACAAUCACAUCCUAAAUUGGCUUUUGGCGAUUUUGCCAAUGGGCCACAGGGUCAGGAAAUGAAGCGGUCUUCGAUUGCAUUGGGUGCCAACAGUAAUCACCAUCAUCAUCAUCAUCAUCCCGAUAUACCGAAACGUUUGAAAAUUGUUAAUUUCUGGGCUCGCACUCGCUUCUUUCAGCGCGCCUUUAUGGUGUGGAUGAGUGUGUGGAUAUGUUCGAUUAUCUAUAAUUCAGGUUAUUUGGAAAAUCUGUUUGUGGUCGAUGGCAAUCGCACGGCUGGUGUUUAUGGCAACUAUGACAUACAACGUAAUUGGAUGGCUGGCCGUGGUGCUGUAUCGAAUUUCUUCUCCAAUGUCCAUUCGGCAAUUAAUUCCGGUGGUGGAGAUCCCAUACACAGCGAUGAUGAUCACAAUCCCUAUGGGGGUAAUAGUGUUUUUGGCAAUGGCCUUAAUGCUGGUCAUGAAGGCUCACCCGUUGAGGGUCACAUCAAUGAAACAGAGGCGGAGUUGAAACGUUUACUCUAUCCCGAUUAUGAAAUUAAUUAUUUCCUUUCGAAUUUCCAUUGGUCAACGAUUAUGAAACAGUAUAAUGUAUCGCUAAGGGGACGUUAUGUUACCAUACUGCCCACCAUUAAACUAUCACAUGCCAUAAGUCCGGAAAAGGCAGUGCGAGGACGUAAUCCCAAUGAAAAAGUGGUGCAGAACUUUCAAUGGAAGGCAUUGGCCGCAGCCCUGGAUCCAUUGGACUUUAGUGAUGAUGAAAAUAGAGAAUCGCCGAUGGUAAUGCCUGGUGGCACACCACUGUUUCCCAAGAGUCCCAUGGAGAUAUUCUUUGCCAUUACGUUAUGUUGCAUAAGUGUGUUUGUUUUAUGCUAUACCAUGGUGGUAUUCUAUCGUUGUAUCUGUACCCGUAAUUAUGCCGAAUGGCGUUCGAGCUGGAAUGAAUCUUCGGAGUUUAUCCAGAAAACGGAACAGAUACUUGAAGGUGUACCCAUACAAAUUGCCGGACACAAACAUCGCAUUGAAUGUUUGGUGUCGGAUGGUGCCAACAUUAUUAGCUGCUGUUUGAAGGGCCAAAUCAAGGUGUGGGAUGCCAGAAGUGGUGAAAACAUCACCACCAUUAACAGGGGUGACAUACAGGUGACCACACACCGCGAAGAUGGUGAGGUAAUUGUGAGAAAAUUAAAUUCCUCGCCCGUCUGGUGUUUGGAUUACUUUGACAAUUUAAUUGCGGUGGGCUGUGCCAAUGGUCGCAUUGAAUUGUGGGAAAUGCCAUCUGGUAUUUUAAAGUGCACUUAUCAUGAAGAUUCGAAACGUAAUCAGGGUAUAACUCACAUAAAUUUAAAUGGUGAUCGUGUGAUUGUGGCCCGCCUAUGUGGACGUUUAGAUUUCUAUCGUUUAGAGACCUACUACAAAGGCAAACAAAUCGAUUGGGGUUUUACUUCAGCUUAUCGAAGAACCCAUGUCCGUACAAAUUCAACGGGAAGCAUUGGUUUAAUGCAUCAACAGCAACAUCAUCAGCAGUCGCAGCAUCGAACGAAUGAGCGAACAACAAAUGAAGAAAUGAAAUGUACGCUAAGAGGUGUACGUUUGGCCCAUCAACAGCCAAUAACCUGUAUGGAGGUGGUAAACGAAAUGGUAUUCACCGGCAGUCAGGAUCACACACUGAAGGUUUACAGUUUAAAUAACACCGAUAUCGAGUAUACCCUACAUGGUCAUUGUGGACCCAUUACCUGUCUCUUUGUGGAUCGAUGGCAACCGGGUACAGGUGGCUCGGGGUCACAAGAUGGCCAACUGUGUGUAUGGGAUCUCUAUACGGGUGCCUGUAUGUAUAACAUACAAGCACAUGAUGGUGCGGUCAGUUGUUUGGCCUGUGCCCCUAGCUAUGUUAUAUCGCUCGGUACCGAUGAACGUAUUUGUGUAUGGGAACGAUUCCAGGGAAAUUUACUAACCACAAUAAAUAUAUCAAAUGCGUAUUCAAGUCUGUUAAUGCUCACACCAUCCCUAUUGGUGACAAGCAAAAUGGGAUCUCUUAUUGUUUGGGAUGUACGAACUGGUGAACCGGCCAGAGAAGUUAAACUAGAUUUCUCCAAUUUACAUUUAUGUCCAAAGGUUAUGAUGUUGGCGUACGAUUCAGUAGUCUGUGACUAUGGCAAUGAAAUACGUGUUGUGCGAUUCCCCAUAGUUGGAGAUAAAUCUAAUUAGGAUUUAGGACACAUACAUAUGCAUUACAUAACACAUUCAUCGUAAUUUACAUCCUAGAUUCA